UAUCCUCCCAAAUCCAAUUUCCUCAUUGUCAUAAUACAUGUUGUCAGUUCUAGUUUUUACUCUCAGGAAUGCGUGGGUAUCUACAUUCGGUGAAAGGUUAUUCCAGAUACACGUACGCUCCAUUCACUCGUGUCAGUUCCGCAGCACGCCAAUCAACAUCCUGUUUCAGGGUUAUGUACGACUGGUAUCAACACAAAGCUAUAUUGUCAAGCGCGUGCGUAAGCCGAUCUUGGGUCCUCGAAGGUUACGAUGAUACAAUCGACAAGAAACACAGAAUCCUGCACGCGUGCCGAUCUCAUAUACUAACUCCCUUCCCAUUUAUUAUCAGUUUCCCCUCUCCCUCCACGCUACAAUGGUUCUGAUUACGACCGAAAUGGUUCUCACGAUGUGACACGGCGUCGCCCGCGUGCUUGUGUUCCGCCGCCUCAGGUGAGGACCAGCGCCGUGAGAGAGAGAGAAAGCGCGCGCGACACUUGUAGUGACGACAGUCGGCCUCUCGUCAAGCUGCAGGUCGCUAGCAACCUCUGCUGAUGUUGUCGGAGUUGUGGGCAGAGCUGCCCGAUGGCUGGAUGCUUGGUUUUUCCCCUUUGCCCGAGCUCUCCCAGGCCGGAAAACACUGAGAUAAACUGGAAACUAUCGCGGAAUGCAGCAGUUGAGCAGACGAGACCAAACUUCGCCGCAACGCCUGUCUGAACAUCGGGGUGUGCUUACUACCACGCGAUUCAACAGGUGGUACCACACCACAGGCAAAACUUCACAUUCUCGUCUGCUCUGACUGUGCCAGGAAAAAGGGACAAACAGCAUAAUAAAGAUCUUGAGGCUGGAGACCAGACGCCACACCCUAGUCUUGUCCAAGUAACCAUGUUGGUACUAGUUUUGCAUCUACCAGCAUCUAAAAGCCACUCAGCUUGUGAAAUAUCUGUCAGUGAAAGUUCAUGGCUGCACACCUGAUGCCUUCUUUCUGCCCUCAGUGUGGAGGGUGGCCAGCAACUGGUGGCUGCAUUGCACACCAGAAAUCUGAUUAUUCUUCUCCCCAAAACAUAACAAAUAUCCAGACUGUUUUGGAGUUAGACACAUCAGAGACAAAAUCCUCUUUUGUAAAGGAAAAUGAUACAUUAAAUUUAACAUUUUCUUUUGUUGAUUCUAAUCAAAAUUCUGUUGGGGAAGGAUUUUCAAACUUUACCAAAACAGACUCCUCAUUAUCAUCACAUUGUCACUUUAGUGACCAGUUCCAGGCUAAUUUGCCUGCAGCAGAUGAUACAAGAAUCCCUGCAAAACAGCACAAACUGGAUUUUGCUACGGACUCUCAGCUUGAUCCCUCCAAUCAUUUGGCACCGUCAGAAAGCCAGAAUGUUCCUCUAACAGAAGGAAAUUCUUCUCAAGAUUUGGACUUUGAACAUUCAUUAGCUCUUGGCAGAGGACAGAGGGGAGAUGAGAUCAGUUCCAUAUCUUUACAGGAAUACCAAGACAAACCUUUGUUGGUCUCAGCAUGUCCCACAGACCAGCACUGUACUGGCUCUGGUCAUGAACAGCAGAUGGGUAAGGCAGAUGCCAGGUACUUCAAGUUCCUUCCAGGCGAAGCUAGGGAGAUGAUGGUUAUGGUUAGCUCCCUGACGCCUGUGCUGCAAAGAAGAAAAGCUGUUCAUCGGAGUCACUCCCAUCCAGGUGCCGUUACUAGUGAGAGUUUUGAUAAAAACCACAAUGAAUUUGAUGCCCUGCUCAGUAACCAACUCAGGAGCCCACUUACAGUAAGGAAGGGGAAAUCACAGGAUGCUGGCAAGAAGAUUAUGUUUUCACCCAACAGCAAGAAUCUACCACAUCCAGAACGAGAUGCUGUAACUCAAGUCAACUUUGAUGAUGCCAUUUUCAUCCAACCUACAUAUGCAGGUACAUGGCAUGGCCACAAGCAUCCAGAAAGCUCUCGAGCAGCCCCUAAAAUGGGUGUUGGCAUGGUGCCCUCCAACAGUGCUCCUGCUUUUCAUGACAGCAACGGCAACUACAAGACUGGGGCUUUUCCCAACAGCAGCAACCUAAACACUUUGCCUCAUAUAUCACGCACAAUUUUGGAUGCACUUCACAAGCGUUACUACAGUUACCAAUAUGCACAUGCUGAAAAUCCCAGCAGCAAUAGCUCAAAAGGGAAGAUGCCUUCUGUUCAGAAGUCAACCACUCCAUGCUCACAUUUCCAAUGCAAGAAAAUGAACUCAGAAGGGGAGUCAGAUACAGCCAGUUCUGCCCCUAGUAGCACCCAUUCCUCACCUUGUGCUGUCCACCUUAUUAGGACAGAAAAGGGUGCUAAGGUUGUGGCUGCUAGGCCUAAAAACAACCAGAUAAAGAAUAAACACGAAAAGGAAGCUGAAAUUGAAGCACUUGAAGCAUGUCAAUGGCUCAGGGCAGCCGGCUUCCCACAAUAUGCUCAGAUGUUUGAAGAUGGAAUGUUCCCCAUCGACAUUUCAGAUGUUAAACGUGACCAUGACUUUUUGGAUGGAGAUUCUAUCCAGUCCCUUUUUAGGCGCCUCAACAUCCUCAACUCGUGCGCCGUGAUGAAGAUAGACACUCAGCGCAGAAAGCAGACAAAUGAUGAGUCAGAUGAAGAAGACUUAUGCGCCUUGAGUGACCGCUGGGAGUAUCAGAAAAAUGUGAGGCGAUGGUCCCGAAAAGGAGUUAACAACGAGGCUGUUGAGUUAAGUUUGCAUCCAACCAUCUCUCAUGACAGCUUACUGGCAGACCAGGAAAGUGGGUCUCACACAGAUGAUAGCCCUUUGCUGGACAACAAGAUGCCCUGUGUCCCACUUUCCAUUGAGACUGUGCAAGAUAGACUUGGUCCGAGUGUCCAGUUGGAAGUGCCCCUUGUCCCUGAGUUUAAAGAGCAAACCCUAUCUUCAUCUCAUUUCUUUCCUGUCAGCCCCAGAUUGCGCAGGUCUGCCAGCGAACGCAUCAAAAGUGCCCUGAAGAAAAUGGACUCCUUCAAAAGGAAACCCAAAAGACAUGUAGUUCAUCUAAGUCCUGUGGAGAUCAGUGGUCCUGUAGUGACAGACCAGGAGGGCAUGCAAGCCAAGCUACAGCAUUUGAAGUGCAUGGAUUUGAGCCUCCCUGAUGCUGCAAACAGACUUCCAUCUUCCACAGGCAUGUCCACUCCCAUAUACCCUAGAGACAAAGUUUCCAAAACAGAGUCAUCACCUUUAGUGUCCCCAGUGACUCCUAUCACUGCAACAUCUCCUUCAUUGUCUGAUGAUCCCAGUGCAUGUACUCAUUCUGCAAGCAAAUCAGAGUCAUCCUUGAGUGAGUACUAUGCAGCACAUUCCCAGCUUUUAGCCAUCUUUCAGCAGCAUGGCAGCAAACAUGAGAGUGAUUCACGAAGAAACAAUGGGGAAAACAGUCUGCUGGAGAUCUUUCUGCUUCCUGAGGACCACAAGCCAGGGAGCUUCCCACGCCUCUUGCACAAUGGCUACAUCGAUACCAACACCAGCCCCACAUCAACAGGUCAUCGCCCAGUGAACAAGCAGCAGAAGCAUUUGAAUGUAGGUAGGGUGUGCGCUGAUGAUUCCUUGGGAUUACAUCGUUUUAGCAUGUAUGACAACCUACCACACCCAUCACAGGCAUCCAAGCCAGUGCAUCAUUGCAAAGAUUAUGUGUCCAUCAGCAGCGAGCCUGACACCUGUCAUUCACCUAUGCAUUCAUUAAAUGCGACUUUGGGAUCAACAUCUGACAAGGACAGAAAUGACCAUUUGCAGGCAGAUGGUCAGGUAUGUAUUCAGGAUGCAGUAAUUGGUAAUGAAGACACCUUUCCCAGUGCCCAUGUGACUGAUGAGUGUGAUGGUAAAAGCCCAGGGUUGGAGGCGAAGAGAACAACUCUAAGUGAAUUUGACACCAUCUUGAAGGGACUGUACAAAGAAAUCAGUGACCUUGAUCGUGUGAUUGCAGGGGAUGACUGCAUUAGGAACUGUUCAGGCAGUGAAUUUGAUAUGUAUGAACAACUGAAGGAUGGUAAGCAACAUUCAUUCCAGGAUACAAACACAAAUGUUACAUCUGAAAGUGGUGUCUGUGAGAUUUCCUCACAAGCAACCUACAGCAUGGACAUCACACAAGACAGCAGCAUGGCUGAGAGCCAAAUCCUAUUGGAAAUCAACGAUCUUCUCCAUGAGAAUCACAGUUUUGAAGGAAUCUCGGCCAAGGAAGAGCCGUCUUUGUCCCAGACCCCAGACGAUGAAGAAGGCAGCAAUUCCAACUCCUCUCAUGACCUGAGUGAAGGAGAAGAUGCAGAUGAUGUCUCACCCAAUGAUUCUCAAGAGAAGGUUGAGAAACCAUCUCUUGAGCGACGAGACUCCGGUGUUGGCUCUUCCUUGACACGCAGUGAACGCAAGCACAAGAAACUCCGUUGGCAUAGUUUUCAGAAAAGCCACAGGCCCAGUAUAAGUAUGAAGGACUUGCAGGUCUGGGGACUGUCCGUCUGUCAGCUCUUACCAUUACGGCAGCUCUCGCUUUUGAGAUUGACAGCUAUCAUGGAAAAGUGUUCCCCAGCUAGUCGCUCCCAGUGGACCUGGAGUGUCCCACGCUUCAUGAAACGCAACAAAUCACGGCAGUUUGAUGGCAAGAAUGUGUUUGGUGUCCCUCUGAUGGUAAUGCAGCAGCGAACAGGCCAGCCUCUGCCCCAGUGUGUGCUGUACGCCAUGCGGUAUCUGCGCCGUACAGCACAUACAGCUGUGGGAAUUUUCCGAAAGUCCGGGGUCCGUUCUCGUAUUCAGAAAUUGCGGGACAUGGUGGAGGCUUACCCAGAUUCCAUCAACUUUGAUGAGCUUCAGCCGUAUGAUAUUGCGGACUUGCUGAAACAAUAUUUCCGUGAGCUGCCAGAGUGCCUCCUUACCAACAAACUGUCUGAGACUUUCCGCAGCAUCUUUACUUAUGUGCCUGAAGUUCAGCGGCUCGAGGCUCUUCAGAAUGCAGUGAUCUUGUUGCCAGAGGAGAACCAAGAGGUCCUAUACAGUCUGCUGCUGUUUCUUAGUGACAUUGCCCAACAGGCGGAUGCUCACCAGAUGACUGCAAGCAAUCUGGCCGUCUGCUUUGCACCAUCACUGUUUAAUUUUGUGGGGUCACUGACUAACAGUCCACGACGACAGCGCAAAAAUCCAGGCAUUCCUGAGCAGCAUGAACUUCUAGAGCAGAAAGCGGUCCAUGAGUGCUUCACAUUUAUGAUCACAAACUGCAAGAAACUUUUCAUGGUGCCAUCUUCUACAUACAGUCGCUUGCACUUGUCAACCUUGUGCAACAUGGAACCCGUACAUCUGGAUGAAUUCUAUGCCACCCCACAGCAACCUGGCCCAGACUUCCGGUCAUUUGGAGAGGAACAUAUACAAGUGCUUCUCAAAGAGGUGCAUGACAAGAACCGUGGAUGGAUAGUUGCUAGCAUCAAUCUAACUGGCAUAGAAGUAAUGUACAGAAAGCCUCAAGACAACCACCCUCUGAAACAGUGGAAGUGUAGUGUGGAAAUCGAGGCGCCUCCCAUUGAAGUUCUCAAUCGCAUUCUUCAUGAACGCCACACCUGGGAUGACGAUCUUCUGAGCUGGCUGGUUCUUGAACGGCUUGAUCGCCAUGCUGAUGUUUUUCAGUAUGUUCUGAAUUGCAUGGCUCCUCACCCACCUCGUGUGUUCACUGUUUUAAGAUACUGGCGGCCAGACUUAGCAAAAGAAGCAUGUGCAGUGGUGUCGCAGUCAGUGGAGCAUGAAGGAGCACCUGUUGGCAGACAGCAGGAAAAUGGUGUGCGAGCUGUGGAGCUGGGUACCUCCUUCCUCAUGGAACCUUGUGGCUCAGGUCGCUCUCGCCUUACUUAUAUAGCACGCACAGAUCUCAGAGGUCGAUGUCCAGAGUGGUACAACAGAGUGUAUGGUCACCAGUGUGCCCUUCUGGUGGAACGGCUGCGUGAUUCUUUUCGGCAAGAAGCUGAUGGCCCUGAGACCAAGGUUUGACGACUAAAUUCUGCACCUCUCAAAGUGAAAUAUGCAAAGACUCUGUUGUACCAAGUCCAAGUGAUGGUGUAAUUGUCGAUCGCACAGAUUCGUUGAACAAAAAUGUAGUUAUGGGUGUUUUAUCCUCCCUGUGCAUCACAAAGUCACAAGGAAAAGGUGCAUCAAAAAACACCAGGUGGAUUUUAAUAACUGAAGGACAUAUGCGCCAGAGACUGGAGCCUUCCCUUCACUGUGGCACUGCCAAAGUGUUGAACAAAUAUUUGAAAAUGCAAUUGACAGUCUUCAGUAUGCAUAAUGACUAAUAACAGGUUUCCUUUUUCUUGAAAGGAAUUAGAAACUAUUUAUGGUGGAAAAGAGUUUGCUGAAAAGGAGAGCAUUGCUAAGUCACCAUUUUUUGGGAUUUGGGUUUUUUCCUUCUUUUUUUUUUUUUUUUUUUUUUUGCCUUUGCAAAAAUGGAAUGCAAACUGCAAAUGAUUUUUGUGAUCAGAUAAGCAUGCUUUUAGCUUUUUAAGCCAGCAGCAUUCCACAGAGGACCUUUGCCCAUAAACUGUCAUCGUUUAAUGUGAACAGACUGAUGCUCAUUCAUCCUGUAUAAAUUAAGGUUAUAGAUCAGUUUAUGCCAACAUUUUUUUUUAUCUAUGGGAAAAGGUGUGUUGCAUAUUGCAUUAUUGAUACACUUAUGAUACCAUCAUGUCAGGUAACUGGGAACAGAUUUUUUCAUGCACUAAUGAAAAAAAAGUUAACAUUAAUUUUUAAGGUUUUGUAUGGUGGUAACUGUAUGUUGUUAAAGCAAACUAGUUAAAUUAGUGAAACAUGUGACAGGAGUUUGAUCCUGCCAAAAAUUACUGCAGUUUGAGUUUUGUGACCCAGAAAUGUAAGGAAACAAUGCAUUCCCAAGGUGCCACACUUGUCCCUCUCUGAGCCAAACACCUAGGAAGUGCCAAACAUUUGCUGCAACUUCCUGGAUGUGUCUGCUGCUUAAUACCAAAAUACGAGCCCAGAACUUGUUUGAACAAUUUCUUUACCUGUUGGCUGAGUACAAAAUUUGACUGAACUUCCAUCCCUUGAUGCUGACAUACUUGUUAUUUUGUUGAAGGAGCUUCAUUUCUGAAUUGGCAUGAAUGCUUAAACAGCACAAUGCUUUUAUACUAACGAAAAAUGUUAAAAAUGAAGCAAUGUGGCAUUUUUCAUUAAGGCCUGAGAUGUAGGUUAAAACUGUGUGUAUGCAUAUGUCAGCAGUCAUUUAACAUAUUUGCUUUGCAUGUUCAUCUUUUUUCAGUGAUGGAAGUAGCCACUGCAUAACUCGUCAUAGGACUGGAACCAACUGCCAUUCUUGUCCGUUUAAACUAAUUUCUCCUACCACAAUCCAUUGCAUACCUUCAUGGUUGAUAAGAUGAUUUUGCUUGCUUUUACCAGCUGCAGAUCACAGUCAUUACCAUAAGUUUUUUUAACCAUUCUGGCAAAAUGGAAUUAGAUUAUGGCUUUGGUCACAGGAAUUAACUGGUAUCUGGUCAAUUCUAAAACCUGCAGAUAUUCAUCCCUUGACUGGUACUGUUGAAGAGAGCAGACAAGGCCAACCACUUAUGCCUGUCUUGGGCAAUAAGUGAGCAGGUCCUGCACAGUAUGACCAGUCCACUCUUUACAUUCACAGGCCAGUUCUUUGGCUACUGUGGUGUGACUACUCUCCAAGGUACCUUGAAGGACAAGUCUUCAACAAAGUGUCCACAUGGCCAAACCAGAAUAGCUUACACUGCUUGACUGCUGUAAGUAGUGGUUCCUGGUGUCCUUCAAGUCAUUGGUCUUAUGUUCCCUGAGCAAAAUCUUGAGCAGUCUCUUCAAGCACUUGCUUUCAAAUGCCUGGAUUCUCCUGUCCAUAUCAACAGAGUCCACAUUUCACAGCUGUACAGCAGGAUCAGUUAUGCAAGAGACUCAUACAGACUGUACUUCUUAGUAAACAUGAUGUCAUGGCUGUGUUAGACCCUGUCCAUUGCUGCUGCUUCUGUUGCAAUCCUGAUAUGGUAUCUCUUAUGGAGCUGCCAUCCUUAGAGGAGAUUGUUCCAAGUACUUAAAGCUGUUUACCUCUUUGAGUCAUACUACCUUCAUGUAGAUCUCUGUUUAGCCAUUGUCAAUGGCCAUGACUUUAAUCAAUGCUGGCUCACUCAUGAUGUUCUCCAAAAAGAUGUUGAGCAGCAUAGGUGAUAGCAGUCACCCUUGAUGGAUGCCUACUGUCAUGUUAAAGCCAUUUGGUUGUUCAGUAUUAUGUUCAUUGAACUCCUUCAUGACAAUUCAAUCACUUGGAUGAGACCCACAUGCCCCUUGUACCUGACUGCCAAAAGCCUGUGAAGUUGUGAUAUAGGUCUUGCAGACACUGAAGAUACUUCUCUACCUAGGAUGAAACAGUCAAAGGUCUGCUUAGCUGUGCUGCUACCUGGUCUGAAGCCAGACUGUUUUUGUUAGCAGUUCCUCACAGGUGGUGCUGAUGAGAUUCUGUAUUACUUUCAGCAUGACAAAGGGAUAUGACUAGUGAGUGACCAUGUCCAUUCUUUGCAUUUCCUAACUCUUUGAGUGGUGAAGGCCUUUGCAGUCUUGAUCCCAUCCUGCUUAAGCAGCUCAUCUGGGAUGUCAGUGCCAGGUGACUUUCCUUAAGACUGUCAUUUUGACCUUUUCCCUUAGGACUGGCAGGUCUACAGGUUCAUUAAUGCCAGUCUGAAUGUUUUGAAGGAUGUUAGUAGUUGUACAGGUCUUUGCAAUAUUCAGUCCAUCAGUUGAGCAUAGCAGUGCUGUCUGUGAGAGUGCCCAUUGCUGUCUUUGAUAACUGAGGUCUCAUGUUUACCUGUCUUGAUGAGGGUCUUUAGUAAUGGGUUGGGGAUUGCUCUUUUUGCUAUCACUCCAUGCAAUUCCCUCCUCCAUGGUCUGGCAUUGGCCCUCAGUAGCUAUCUUCAUUUCCUUUUCUUAUGGCACAAUUCACUUCUUUGUAUUUGGAAGCUGCUUCAUGGUUACUUAUCCUCUCUUCAAGGCCCUCUUUUGGUCACAGAUAUCUAGGGAGUAGUUGAUGACCCAGGGUUGUUUCUUCAUCUUUUGAUGCCUUAGCACUUUCUGGGUUGUUGACAAAAGUACUUCUUUAAUGUUUAAUGUUUAAUGUUUAAUGUUAAACUGUCAUGAAAUAAUGUCUGUACAAGUGAGAAAAAUAAGCAGAAAAAUGUUCUUACCUUUCGGAGAGGAUUCUUCUUGUUGUGCAAUAGGGGUUGUCACAAUCCAGACGACUACAGGUAAUCACGAGAGUGUAAAAAUGGUUUGCCUCAGCCUUAUUUUUUUUCUGAUGCAGGGCCAGACUCUUUCCUGAUAAUAGAAAGGUCUUAGUCAUGGCUUCAGACAUUAAAUACAUCUACCUGUAUCACUUAUUUUGCUCUUGGUAACCAGAACUGUUAUGUAUGUGAGUGAAAGAGGAAUUUUAAAAAAGGUCAAAGAUGAAGGAGCAGGGUUUCUCACUUCAGUGAUAGAACAUCUUCAUGCUUCAACUUCUUUUUCCUUUUUUUUUUCUCAAGGUUUUUUGUGUGGUGUGUCUUCCUUAUGGGGAGGAGGGGGAUAACUGGAAGACAAGUGUCAAAAAAAAGUACAGAUGUUUUAGGGCUACAUAAUGCUACGAGGAAGAAGCUGUUGUUUUGUGAGCAGCUUGAUCAUCAGCCGCAUGCCAUAAUAAAUUGAUGUGCAUUUAUUAUACUCAUGUUUGGUGCAUUUUGUCAACCAGAUACCUCACUUUAAUGCCAACUUAAUUUCACCCUUUCCCACCCCCUUUUUAAAAAAAAAAACAAGUCUAGCUUCUUGUCUUGAUAUUGCUUUGCAACCUUAUAUAUGUGAUGUGCAGUUUCACAGCUGGGAGGAACUGACCAAAAUGGCAGAGAGCUUAUUUUCACAAGUUCUCAGGAAUUCUGACUAGUGAUGGCUUUGUGUACACAAUAAUCACUUAAUUUGUGAUUAGUUGGUAACCAGUCACUUGAAACUUGGCAAAUGCUUGGCAUUAGAUGACACCAAGUAUUGGAUUUACUUUUGUGAAUAGUCUGGUAACUUGUGUUUGAAGCUGUCCACUGGACAAUCUGUGGUAUAUUGAAAGCUGGGUCAUUGUGAAAAGGGCACAUGGUGGAUUUUCAUCGUCUUGUGGAUGGCAUGUAAAAAAUUACUCAUAGUGGGUAAAAAUGACACAGUGUUAGCUUUAGCACACUAGCCGGCUACGUGUAGCUGUUGUUGAUACUCCAGAAAUAUUUUGACCACUCCAUUUUUUUUGAAAGUGCCAUAACAUUGUACAUAAUAAAGUUACAUUGGUGUAUAUGGUGGAUGUUGCAAAUGAAAUUUCUAGUGGUACAUUUUAACAUUCUGUACAUUUUAAUUAUCUGUACUUUUGUGUUUGCCAGGCAAAUGUUUUCUUUUCAAGCAAAUAAUAACUAGCAAUAAGCUUGCAAGCAGAGGAAAAGAACACUUUUCUGUUCUGUGACUGUACAAUUUUUUUUUAAAUUUUGGGUGGGGUCUGGGUCUUCAUGCCAGUCGUGUCACAUUUGAGUUGCAAUACUUGUGAAAAGCAAUUUUUGAUCAGGGAUUCCAGCCUUGGGCUUCUUCUGGCUUUUUUCUUUUGGCUCUCAUUCUGUUGUUCUUGCUGUAGAGGUAAAGAGGGGUGUAGAUUUUAUCUUUCUUUGGCAGGUAAAGUUUCUGGUCACAGGGAUGUUUAGUUUUUUUUUUCUGCCGGUCUGUGGAAAGUUGGAGAUAAGCUUCUGUGGGUUUAAAAAAACUGCCAUCAAAGCAUUUAAAGAAAUGAGAGAUGGUAGAAAGAGUGAGAAUGACUGAUGAAGAACAAAGAAAAGGGCAAGUAAGAUAAACACAGGAUAAUGUUUUAUUCUGAAAGUUAACAUCUGCUAUAACAAAUUUUAAAAUGAAGUCAGUUACACAAAUUUAAUAUGUCAAAAUUUUAAAAAAUGGUAGAAAAGAAAAAAAUUAACAAAACCAAUUAUAAAUAGUGUGUACAUAAAAGUAUAUUAUGUAGCAGUUUUGAAGUGACUUUUUUGUCCCACUGGAUUGCACCAAUUUAGCAGUGAAAUACCCAAGAAACAAUACAUUUAUAUAGAUAUUGGUCCUUUUCUGGCUUCUAUUUGGCUGCUUUGCUUGUUUGGGUUUUGGGCAGGAAAGACAUUAAGCAUCAAAAAGUUCCACCAUGAGAUUUGUUGCCUUACAAGUCAUUUUCUUCAUUGCACUGUGUGGGAUCAGAUCAUGUUAUUGGUGUAACAUGCACGCCUUUUUUCAGAUAGACUGGAGUGGUACAGUACAGAGAUAUAGCUGUGACUCAUAGGCUUUGGGCAAAGUAGUUCUUCUAAGUUUAGGGAAUAGUUAUAAAGUUUUCUUUCCCAAUUUGUUACUGACUGUGAUUUCUGUUACAUAAUACUAAACGGUUUCCAGAUAUGAUGUAUGCCUGUGCAGCUAGCCUUGUAAACACUGUAUACCUCAUAACUGUAAUGGUAUCCUGCAGCACUACACUCACUAUUGACAUGCUGCCUUAGAUGAGGAUGACUUUAUCAAGUGUACAGAAAUCACCAUAGCACAUAUGCUUGUCAUCAGCUCUGUAUCCUACCCUCACGAGGACCUCCAUUGGUGCUUCAUUAUAUUUUUUUCUCCCUCAUUAUUUCAAACAUUAAUAUGCAUGUAGGUUGCCUGGCAACACAUUUGUUUGUUGUCAUCAAACAAUAAAACUCAUCCUCAAUUGACUGACAAUAUAGUUCUGUGCACUUGUGUGUGUGUGUGUGAGAGAGAGAGUUCAGCAAUGAAACAUUAGUUUCCAACAGGUCAGAGAAUACAAAACUAAAUGCAUAGAAGCAUCCAGAAAUCUUUCAUAGAUGAGAAGAUGUAAUAAUUAUUCAAAUAGUCCAGAUCAAGUUUCCUGUCUAUAAUACAGGAGCAAUCUUGAAAAGUCAUACAACUAUGUGAGACUAUGAAAACUGCAUUUCAUCUCAACCCUAAUGUACUGAAACACAAAUUUCAGUAGGGCUUGAACAUUUGGUUUGUUGCUGACCAACAGAUGGGCGAAACAUCAUUCUCUAUUGUUGGGAGUGUGCAGCUGCAUUCAAAAGCAGAAAAAUGAAAGUUAAAUUUAAAUUAUAAAGUCUUCAUAUACUGUUAUGCAAAGACCAACAUGACAGUCACUUAAAACUGCACCUGACAGACUGCAACACACAAACCACAAAAAUUAUUACUGAGUUUAAUUAAUAUAAAAGACAUGAUUACAAUCAUGUAAGUAUACUGCAUACAGAAUGUAUACAUAAAAACCAUCAAGUAAAGGGUAAGUGAACUAAAUGGGCAUAGCUGGCCUGUUACAGGAGGAUGAUAGUAUCAAGACUGGCAGCAGCAACAAUGCUGCUAUGAGCAUAUUAUGUUCAUCACCUUAACCAGAAAGGGAAAUACAUUCUUUUAUAAUUACUGGCAUAAGUCACUGUUUGUUGUGCCUGAAUGAUGACAUUUGAUCUUCAGGUUCAUCAAUGCACCCAGACAUGCAAGAGAUUCUGUUUGUGGCACUGAGCACAGGCUAUCAAGAUUGGGACUGGCACUUCUGUUGCACAACAGGUAGGCAGUGAUAAUAAAGUGACAAAAACUGGAGUCCCCAUUCCUCCAAUCUCCCACUAAACCACAUGUGGAUACAAGUAACAUAGUCCUACCAUUUUUGUUUCUAUUUUUAAAAGCACUACCUCGUAUGUGGAAUGAAGUAGAGAUUUUACAGUGGAACUUUGAUGUAAUUUAGUGUCACAUGAAAACAGGAGCAAUGAAGAAAAACAUUUUUUUAAAAACAUCAAAUAUUAAGGUAGUGUAUUUAAAGAAAACUACAAAAAUUUUUCCUCCAGUUUUUGUUAAAGGUUCUGGGUUGCAAAUAACAGCCUCUUGUAAAGAGACAUGAUAACAUUGUCCAAGAUAUCUAAAAAUACAUUCUGAUGAUAAAACAAAAGCACAUCUAUUUACUGUGUGCUCAUAUUCCAUCUUCACAGUUUUGUGUUGUGGAGUUCAAAUUUUG